UCCAGGCUCCAAGCCUCCAACUUUGUACCACCUCCCCUUGGAUACAGAGUAUGGCAACAAUUCACUACUGCGGCUUUCGUCGCCUGAACACGCGGCCAUGGCUUCUGACAGUCUCUUCUUCUUCUUCUUCUUCUUCUUCCCCGUCACUCGCUCCUUUUGCUUCUCAUUAUCUACAUUCCUCUUCGCUUGACGAGUCAGAAGGUCAGCAAUCUCCUCCUCUUCCUACCACGACCACUACUUCUACUACUACAAGAAAACCGCCACAUCAGUCUCAACCGUUCUUUCCAAAGCGAGGUCAGACGCUGGAGCUGGUCUGCGAAUCUCUAGCCUUCAAAGGCAGGGGCGUAUGCAAAGUCGCUGACACAGGCUUCGUCCUAAUGUGCGAUCGAGCUCUCCCCGGCGAACGCUUUAUCGGCCGCGUUACCCGCAAAAAGGAUAACUACGCUGAGGUACAAAAGAUAGAGACGAUUUCUCCACAUUGGGACUUUGUUACUGCUCCAUGCGAGUACGCUUCAGAUUGUGGAGGUUGUAAAACACAGAACCUAUUGUAUGAAGCUCAGGUUAGAGCGAAAGAACAACAAGUUCACGAGUUGAUGAUACAUGUGGGCAAGUUUUCCGAUAAGGACCCAGAAUUUGCUGCCUUCAUGAAGCCUAUUGUUCCGUGCGAUAUUCAAUUUCAUUACCGAAAUAAGAUGGAGUUUUCAUUUAGUAGUCAAAAGUGGCUACCUAGAGAGGCACUUCAUGGGGAACGGGAUGGUUCAAAUGGUUAUGCAUUGGGGCUGCAUGCUCCAGGAUUUUUUGACAAGGUCCUCAAUGUUGAGAAGUGCUUAUUACAAAGUGAGUCUGCAAAUAAGGUUCUCCAAGUGGUUCAAGAUGGUUGGAGAGAUCCACAGCUAGGGCUUUCUCCAUAUGAUACUCAUACUCAUGCUGGAUUUCUGAAGCAUCUAAUGCUAAGAACCGGAAGAGAUGUAACAACUGGUCUACCAGAGCUGAUGGUUAAUUUUGUGACUUCAUCUUACAAGCCAGAGUUGCUGAAGGUUCUUGUUGAGAAGAUCUCAGCUAUUCCUGAAGUGGUAAGCAUCAUAAAUAAUGUGAAUAGAUCUAUCGGCAACACAUCUGCUGGGGAGGAAGAAUAUGUUUUAUAUGGUAAAUCUACCAUCACAGAGACCUUAAGGGGACUUACUUUUCAGAUCUCAGCGAACUCUUUCUUCCAGACAAACACACACCAGGCAGAGGUUCUAUAUAAGAUUAUAGAAGAUUGUGCUGCUAUAAGAGGAGAUGGCUCCGAAAUUGUACUUGACCUCUUUUGUGGAACUGGAACCAUUGGUCUGACACUUGCCAGAAGGGUCAAACAUGUUUAUGGCUAUGAAGUAGUCAGUCAAGCCAUUGCUGAUGCUCGUCGAAAUGCUGAGCAGAAUGGUAUACAUAAUGCUACAUUUGUCCAAGGGGAUCUCAAUAAAAUUGGUGACACUUUUGGUGAUGGGUUUCCUAAGCCUGACAUUGUCAUUUCAGAUCCUAACCGUCCUGGCAUGCAUAUGAAGUUGAUUAAAUUUCUAUUGAAGCUACGAGCACCACGCAUUAUUUAUGUUUCCUGCAAUCCUGCUACAUGUGCGCGUGACCUUGAUUACCUCUGCCAUGGUGUGGUGGAGCAGAAUAUAAAAGGUUGUUACAAGCUAAGAAGACUGCAGCCAGUAGACAUGUUCCCUCAUACACCUCAUAUUGAAUGUGUUUGCUUGCUAGAGCUUGUUUAACUCCUUGUUUUGAUCUUUCACUGCCCAGAUUGGCAACUUCCUUGUCUCUUAUUUCUGAAGCUUUUUUCUCUUUUUGCUAUCUUUGAUUGUUGUACAACAAUCAGUUUAUUAUCCUCCUUUACUUGUUAUGACUCUUAGCAGGAGAAUGUGGGUUUAGAAAAUGGUGAAGAAAGAAAAAAAUAAAAAAAACAAGGAAAAGUUAGGGGGGGAGGGGGUUCUGAGAGGACAUGGAGAGUGUUCUUUCUUUUGAGGAUUUCCAUACGAUUACAUCUACAAACGUAAUGAUUUGUACAGGGAACAUUUCCGAGUAGAAUUGUACAAGGAGUUAUUACCAACUUAUGUAGUUAUGCCUGCAAAAUGUAAUCUGUAAACAGCGUUGAUUAAGAAAGAAUGUCUCUGUACUAAGUAAAGAAAUCACAUUCUCUUA